ACAAGUGGGCAGGAGAAACUUCCAGAAGCAAACAGGGCGGCGUGGAAACAACGUUUAGAUUUUUAAGCCGAGUAAUUUAUCUAAAUAAUCACAGGAUUUAAUAUACGUGUCAGGAGACAUUCACUCACUAGUGGCCGUUUCGAUAAAGUAAUUAUAAUCUGCACUGAAGUGUUUAGGUAAAUAUUAAAAAGGCGUGAAGAGGCUAGCUAGCCCGUUAGCUACGAUAGUUAGCAAAUAGGCUAGCUCUGCUAGGUGCUGCUUAGCAACAAAGAAGGAACACGGGGCAGGAGACAUGGACGGGAAUGUGACGGUGAUCACCAACCCCACGGUGACUGUGCGUAUGACCAGCACUCUGAGCUCCUUCGAAGUGAACCGGAGAUUUAACCGAGGGAUCACCAUCGCAGAGUUCAAGAGCAAGCUGGAGCUCGUCAUCGGCUGCCCCGCAGCCUCUAUGGACCUUCAGUUGUUCAACACUUCAGACAAGUUCUUGCAGAACAUUGAUGAUAACGAGGCUCUGUUAGGUUCUUAUCCUGUAGAUGACAACUGCAGAAUACAUGUGAUCGAUCGCAGUGGUUCUCUGACUGGAGCGUUCAGUGAUGUAUCCAAGGUGGAGAAAUUUGAGAUUUCUGAUGAAUUAUAUGAGAAGAGAACAGACUCAGUACGAAACUUCAAAAAGAACAUGAAGAUAGGGAGCUUCAAUGAAGAGAACAUGGCUAAGAAGACAGAGACUCUUUUACAGAAAGAAGAAGAGGAGAAAGCCGCUUUAGCCUCGAUUACAGUUGGCAGGCGGUGUCAAGUUCAAGUGGUCGGUCAGCCAACAAAGAUCGGCACAGUUAUGUUUGUGGGUACAACAGACUUCAAACCAGGCUACUGGGUGGGUGUGAAAUACGAUGAGCCCCUCGGGAAAAAUGACGGCAGUGUGAAUGGCAAGCAGUACUUUGAGUGUGAACCAAAAUACGGUGUGUUCGUGAAGCCUCUGUCCGUGACUGUGGGGGAUUUUCCAGAGGAGGACUACGGUCUGGAUGAGAUGUAGGCGCCACCGGGCAUGGUACCACAAGGUAUCAGGAGGCUGAAAAACAUCAGUGCAGGUCUCUUGUCAGACCAAAGUCAUAGUUCUUGUUGCAAGAGGUUUUCCUGUUAUAGCUAAUCAUAUUUUAGUUUCAUGCUUGUCCUGAAGAUACCUAAAAGGUGGCCUACCCAACACUCUUAGUGGAAAAUUAACAGCAUCUCCUUGUGGUUAAACAAUCGUUUAUUUUAUUACAUCUAGCCACUGGUAUUGUUUAGCUCAUAAUGUGCUUAAACAGAAUUAACAGAUUGUUAUUUGCCAAGCAUUUUGCUUUGAUUUGUUUGUGAACAUUUCACGUCUCGUUUUCUCACCGAACUUCAGUGUCUUUUCUUCCAUCUCUUCAUCGACUGUUUAAUGGAUGGCAAAAUGUACAAGAAGAGAGAAUACCAAUCUCUCUGGAAUGUUGAACUGUUUUAAUUUUGCUAUUAUAUAAUAUGUAUAAAUGGUUUUGCAAACUAAUAGCCUUAUUCCUCAUUUUUUCACUUACAGUGCAUUCUUAUUCUGUGAUUCCUGAGUAAAUCGCUGUUUGGCUAUUUACCUGUUCUAAGCAACCACAAGGAUAUUAUGGUAUCUGUGAAAAAUACACAUUUUACCAUUUGAUUUUAUUCAUAUAACAUGCACAAACAUUCACUUUUAACUAUAAACUUUGGCAUGAAACAGAUUUAAUUGUAGCAUGGAUGGGGAAGUCCUGUUUGUGGUGGUUCUCAUUUCCAGUCCCAAGAAAUCGUAUCAUCUGCGUAUGGUAUUGUGUAUUGUGUGUAUCGUCAGCAUAUGUAAUCAUUCUGACCAACUGCAAGUUACUUUUAAAAGAUUUAGUUGAAUAAGAGUGAUAAAUGAGUAGUGUUUUUUUAUCACUUAAAAUGUUAACCUGGAUUGUCUUAACAUAUAUUUUCAGACAAGAAAACAUAUUGCAAUCUAUAAUCUUAAAACCUAUGUGGGCUAAAAUUACAAACAUUAAUCAUUUUUCAUUUAUUUUAAAAUAAAUUUAUUGCACUUUAUAAUUUUUCAAUGCACGUUAUGAGCCUGUAUUCUGUAUACAUGUAGACAUUGCUGAGCCUCAAUGAGCCUGCCCCUUAAGCAUGUUUACUAUUUAAAACAUCUCGUUGUGAAGCUUGUUUUAAUGCACCUCACUUAUACAUUCGUUUAAUUUCAGUAACUGCUUUAUCUUGUCUGAGUGCUAUGUGUGGUGCAGGAAUACAACCUACAUAGGAUGCCAGCCCAUCAUAUGGCACUACAUACAUACACAUGUUCACAUAUAGGAAUCUUUUUGCCCUGUCCUAAACAUGAAAUUACAUUUUUAUAGCCUCCCCUAUGCCUUGGACUGGAUUAGGGAACCAUUGACCUCGGGGCCUCCAUGCCCUGGUGCAGUGUAUGCUGCACAUAUAGUACCACUCCAAACACACAACAUGAUCUACUGAAAAAUAAUAAGUACUUACUGAUAUGGUUACAAUGAAAAGACACAUAGAAUGUUGUUUUAAAACCUGCACAUGUUUAAGGACUGGCAUUCAUGUUUAAAUCUUACUAAAGCUUACAUCCUGUUUUUGAGUCCAGCACAAUUUGUUUUUCUUUCUGAACUAACACACCCAAUAAACAUUGUUAUGAACUGGCAAA